GUAAAUAUUGUCAAUUUAAUAUUUAACAGUUGCUGCAUUUGGUAGUUAAUCAUUCAUAAGUAUCCUUCAAACGCACCAAUUUCUAACCGCAUAACUAGUCAUACAAAUUUCUUAAAACCGCUAAAAACCGCAACUACACGCAUCCGCAAACUCUCGCAACCGCAGCCGCUGCGGUUGAACCAUUCAGACCCUUAAUAUGCCAACUUCGGAGCUACAUAUAUAUAGUACCAGUUGUGUCUCGGGUUUCCAGCUUUUUGAAGAGACUGUGGAUAUAAAAUCCAAGAACACCAACAGAGAGCUGAACUUGCGACUGAAGAUGGAAAUUCAUUUCCGUGGAGUAGGGUAGUCACUCUUUCUGUAAGAUUUUAAUUUAUUUUUUAUUUUUCUAAAACCAAAUCAUAUAUAUAGUGACACUGUUGAGAGACCGUUCAAUUUGGAUUUUGUUGAAACUGGGACAUUUAAGAAUUGUCUAAACUCAGACCGGUUAUGCAAGCCGUUUUAGAAACAUACUAGUAUUAAUCUCGUGCUAUGCACGAAUAUAUUUUUAAUUACAAAUAAGACUAAGUUUCAGUUUAUACAACUAAAAUUACAUUUAUAAAAUUAUUUUGAUGUUGUUAUAAGAAGUUGAUAUGCAUAGAUUAACUACGUACGACAUAUAAAAAAAGUUAGAUAUUUUUUUAAAAAUUACAAUGAUCUUAAUUAGCUUACUGAAUAUAACUAUUAUGUUUUACUUUUUAUAUCUUGUUUGUUCUCAUGUGAUUUUCUGAUUCGUAACCGGUAAUCUAUAGGUCAUUUAUCUUAUAACAUUCAAUAUCAAAAUACCUACAUUUUUUCUGUAAAACCUAUAUAUUGUGUAAUAGGGAAACAAUUAAAACAAUUAAAACAAUUACACUUUUACCUUUUAACAAAAUUUGUUCCCAUAUCGUACGUGUGUUUGAGUUUUAUCUUCCCCUUCUUCUUCUUUUUAGCUGGAUCUUAUCAUAAGCCGAAUCUCCCACCAUACAAAAAAAGAGUAAAAAGGUAUUACUGGAGAAUAUGGGUUGCUGAUAUUUUUCAACUGGAGAGUGAAACUCAAAACUGACUUGUUGAUGAAGUCACUAAUUUUGAAUUAUGGUAUUGAAAUCGAAGAGAAAGAGUGUAAAUUUUUGUUAAUCUGCUUACGAUCGAUUACGAGUUUGACUGCCAGUUAUCUAAUUUUAGGAAUGUAUAGGAAUAGGAAAAAGAAAAGGUUGUGGAAGAAAAGAGACGAUAGAGGAUCGUGGGUGUAGGAUAUAAUUUUAUUUUUCAUUAUUAUUUUUAAAUGAAUUUUUUAUUUAUAAUUAUGCCAUGUGUCAGAAUUUUUUUGGAAAAGUAACUUGUGCUUUAGUAUGUCUUUUAAUUUUGUGGUCUGCGAGGAGAACGCGGCCAGCCCUAAUAUAAUAGACAUGUGGUGAACUCACAGAGACAUCUCCAAAACACCACGUGGUGAGCAGUAACCGCUUCUCGGAAAGACCUAUGGUCUUCGCUUUAGAAACCUCUCUUUAUAUGUGAUAAUAACUUCCAAGGACAUUGGAACUAGAAUAAUCAGAACAUUCAAAAAAGGAAAAAUAAAAAGUUUGUCAAAGCAAAUUUGAAAACGUUGUUUUGUAAUCACUGGUCAAAAGAGAUGAUGGAAAGAAGAAGAACGGCUUUGGCACUGCUGCUGGUAGUGGUGGUUCUGACGUGGCAGAAGGGAACGAUGGCGAAGGACGCAAAAAGCGCCGCCGAAAUGGCAAAGAAAAUGGCAACAGAGACUGUUUCAUGGGCCGGUUGGGUCUCUGACAGAAUAACCACUGGACUUGGUAUAAAAAAAAAGGAACCAGAAAGUGCCGCCCAACGCACAAAAAACUACGCUUACAAGGCCGCACAAUACAUCAAAGACUCAGCGUAUGGCAUGGCUGGUGAUGCAAAGGAUAUGGCUUAUGAAAAGGCAAGCAAUGCAAAAGAAAUGGCCUCCGAGAAAACUGGCUAUGUAAAGGACAUGGCUUACGAGCAGGCUGGACAUGCGAAGGAUUAUGCUUAUGAUAAGGCAGGCAACGCGAAGGACAUGGCGUACGAGAAGGCGGGACACACGAAGGAUUAUGCCUAUGAUAAGACUGAUAAUGCAAAACAAGGGGCCUAUGAUAAGGCAGGGAUUGCGAAAGACAUAGCUUACGAACAGGCUGGACAUGCGAAGGAUUUUGCUUAUGAUAAGGCAGGGAAUGCAAAGAACAUGGCCUAUGAGAAGGCCGGACACGCUAAGGAUUAUGCCUAUGAAAAGGCUGGUGAUGUAAAAGAAGUGGCAUAUGAUAAGGCGAGCAAUGCAAAGGACAUGGCAUAUGAAAAGGUGGACAAUGUGAUAGACAUGACGUAUGACAAGGUGGGAUCUGCUUACAGCAGUGCCAAGGACAUGGCAUAUGAUAAUGCGGGAAAUUCAAAGGACAUGGCCUAUGAUAAAGCGGGUAAUGCCAAGGACAUGGCAUACGAGAAGGCGGAAAAUGUCAAAGACAUGACAUAUGACAAGGUUGGAUCUGCUUACGGCAAUGCCAAGGACAUGGCCUAUGAUAAGGCGGGUAACGUGAAGGACAUGGCAUAUGAGAAGGCGGGAAAUGUGAAAGACAUGACGUAUGACAAGGUGGGAUCUGCUUACGGCAGUGCCAAGGACAUGGCAUAUGAGAAGGCGGGUGAUGCGAAAGACAUGGUGUAUGACAAGGUGGGAGCUGCUUACGGCAGUGCUGAGAAAGCAAAGGAUUACGGGUAUGAAAAGACCGGCGAUGUGAUCAGGAUGGCCACAGACAAGAGCAGUGAAGCCUAUGAAGGAGCUAAAGAGAGGUCAAAUAGUGCCAAAGACAUGGUAGCUGAUAAAGGGGAAGGUGCAGUAAAGUAUGGUAGAGACAAAGCAACGGAAGCAAUGGAUGAAUCUGUUGAGUAUAUUAAAGAAAAAUCACACAAAGCUAAAGAUGGAGCGGCCAAAGGGUUCGGAGAAACCAUGGACAAGGUCAAGGAAACAUCGAAACACGCAUAUGAAACCGCAAAAGAAAAGGCUUCUCAUGUUGCCGAAGAGAUUAGGGAGCGUUAUGUUGAGCUCUAAAAUCAGUUUCUUAUACAAUUCCAAAUUUUAAUCAAAUCUAUUUUCCAAAAUGUAAACACAAUAGUCUAACAAGGAUCUUAGUAUAUAUUAAAGUCUCUUACAUUUCUUUCUUCUUGGGUGUUUGCUUAUUAUUGUGCAUCCAAACUUUAAACACUUGUCUUUUCAAAUUAAUCUCACGACAAAACCGAUUCACUUCACUGUCUUCUGGUUUACUCAUUCUCCAUCCAAUCUUCUCAGAAAACUCCUCCAUCUUCUCCUUAUGUUCUAUAUUAAACUUUGUCCUAAACCGUUUCUUCGGAUGGCAUUGAGACUGAUCUACUCCAUUACCACUAAAAGAUUUAUGAAACUGUUAAGAUCCUCUGUCGAUGACUCCGCCGGAUCUUUGCCUCCUCUAGCGAAGCUCAUCAUGACCGGAGACACGUGGCGGCUAACAAGCGGUCUUGGUGAAAGGCCAAAGCUGUUGAAUUUAACAACGAACAUGCCGUCGAUUUUGUUUCGGUGGAAGCUCCGGUGAAAAUCACAUGCGGCGCAAAGAAGUGACUCCGCCGUGCCUUCUUUUCCGGAAGACAUGAACGCGCCGCAACCGUCGAUCACGUGUCCACCAGAGCUCGCCGCGUGGUUCCGUUGGCAUUCUUUAUAUCUCACGCUCUUUGUCAGGGAAGUAGUUUGAGGCCUAACGUACGAUCUUGGAGCUGGAGCGGCAAAAGAAUUGGGGUUCGUAUCAAGAUCCGGAUCCGGAUUUGACCCGUUUCUUAUGGUGGUGGGUUCUCUUUUUCUGUGGUUUGGGAGCAAGUGUACGGAGGAAUACGAUGAUCUGGGGUUGAUGGUUUGCUGAUGAUUUUUGUCUUUCCAUCUCCCAUUUAUCAUUUUUCUUCUCUCUAACCUCCAUCUAUUUGAUCAUGAGCUUCUGAAAUGAAACCCUAAUCUUGUUUAACUUUUACUUAAACAAAGAUUGCAACUUUUUGUAUUUCUCUCUCUCUCUCUCUCUCUGAAGCCCUAGUUAUUUGAUUAAGAAAUAAUCAUAGCUCUAGCUUCUCAUUAGCUAAUCAUAAGAGCACCUCCAAUGGAGGCUCUUAAGCAAAGGUUCUUUAAGAAAGUCCAAAAAAUAAAUCAAAAAGAAAAAAAGUGAUGAUAACCGGUUCUUAAAAGAGAGGUUUUAGAAUUGGUAAAAACAUGUGUCCUUUUUUUAUUGGUUGUGUGUGUCUCUCUCUCUUUCUCGCCUCUUUCUCUCUUUCUCGUCUCUUUAUCUCUUCUUCAUCAUGUUUAAACCUCUAACCUUAAUUCUCUCUUCUUCAUCAUGUUUGAUUUCAUGUGUAUUAUCUCAAUUUAGGGAUUGUGAUGUUCUGGUUUGGGAAUUUAGGUUUUUUCAAAUUUGAGAAUCAUCUAAGAACAGAAACAUUCACACUUUUCUUGAGAGAAUCAUUGGUGGUUUCCCUGAAAAUCUUUAAAAAAAGAGACAUUUACACUUGCCUCUAUAGGAUUAACUCUUUCGAUCAAGGCACCAAGAAGGUAUGGAUAGAUAAAAGAACCGGUGGUGUUCAAAAGAAUACUUCUUUUCUCCCUAAUCUAUGUGUUGGUUUGAAUACCUUAGUUCCAGGACAGAAAGGAGGCAGCCGUGGCGUCAUCAACGAACGGAUAUUCCAUCUCCGGCGCCGGCGAGAAGUACUGAACUCUUUGUGUGUUCUGAUGAGCCCACGACGGCGACGACGAAGGAUAGUGAUGAUGAUGAUUGUAAUAGUUUCCACCAGCCGGAAUUUCCGCAGCCGAUGAACCACCAACGGAGGUUAUUGAGUUUCUGGCGGCUGCACGCCUCUCUUCCUUCUUGAAUCGGAUUCCACACGCAUUGCAUAACGACUGCGCCGAAUUAAACCAUUUGUCACAUCGAAAUAAUUAGUGAAAUGUAUAUACAUUGCUGAUUUUUAUUUAGUCAUACAAGAUAUAGAUAUGUUAUAAGUUGGAGACAAAAAUACUAAAUGAUAGCUUACAUCUUUAUCA